CCUAUUAUGUACACAUUAAUGCUGUCCUUGUUUGUCUGAGUUUAAAAGACAGCUUCAGCUGCCUGGCUUGCACUCUGGUGGGACGCAUCAUGGAGAGAACUGUGCUGCAACUAACCCUCUUUGGGCUGCUGCUGGCUUUGGCUACCACACUACCAAACAAGGACGACUGGGACAUCUACAGCUUUCACAUCAACUCUACAGUGACCGAUCGCUAUGCCACCACUGUCAUCACAAGCCGUGUGGCCAAUCGUAUGGAUGAGUCAAAGGAAAUAGAAUUCCACGUUAGGAUUCCAAAGAAUGCCUUCAUCAGUAAAUUCAGAAUGUUUAUAGAUGGCCAGGCGUAUGAUGGCAUUGUGAAAGCUAAGGAGCAGGCUCAGAAGCAGUAUACUGACGCUGUGUCUCGUGGCCAAAGCGCUGGGAUUGUCAGCUCUGUAGGCAGGACCCUGGAGGAAUUUAAGACUUCUGUUACUGUGGCUGCUCACCAAAAGGUCACCUUUGAACUCACAUAUGAGGAACUGAUGAAACGUACCCUUGGGAAGUAUGAGCUGCAAAUCCAUGCUCGACCUAUGCAGCCUGUCAAAGACUUCAAGGUUGAUGUGUACAUUCAUGAGAAAGCUGGCAUCAGUUUCAUCAAUGUGAAAGGAGGACUAAGCACCAAAGCCCUGGCUAAUGCCAUCACCAAAACACACGCAGACAAACAGGCAUGGGUGCAUUUCUAUCCAACAGAGGACCAACAGAAAACAUGUGACAGCUGCGGAGUGGAUGGUAUGAAUGGAGAUCUGGUUAUUGUUUAUGAUGUAAACAGGGACACCUCACUGGGAGACAUCAAGAAAUCUGAUGGGUACUUUGUUCAUCACUUUGCUCCAGCUGGUCUUUCCCGAAUACCAAAAAAUGUUGUCUUUCUUAUUGAUCAAAGUGGCUCAAUGCACGGCAGGAAAAUAGAGCAGACACGAAUCGCAUUAAUCCAUAUCCUAAAUGACCUGGCUGAAGAUGACUACUUUGGUCUUAUCACUUUUGAUGGUGACAUUAUUCACUGGAAACGAGAACUUGUUCAGGCCAGCAGUGGAAAUGUGGAGAGCGCCAAGAGUUUUGCACGGACAAUAAGAGAUAGAGGAGCCACAGACAUUAACCAGGCAGUGUUAAAAGGAGCAAGUAUGCUGAAUGCACAUCCAAGGGAAGGUUCAGCAUCUAUCCUUAUACUUCUCACGGAUGGAGAUCCAACCUCAGGGGAGACAAAUAUUGAAGUAAUACAGUCCAAUGUCAGAAGGGCCAUUGCAGAUAAAUUCCCACUCUACUGUCUUGGUUUUGGUUUUGACGUCAAUUUUAACUUCCUUGAGAAAAUGUCACUACAGAACAACGGUGUGGCAAGAAGAAUUUAUGAAGACUCUGACGCUGAUUUGCAGCUGAAGGGUUUCUAUGAAGAGGUAGCUACUCCUCUGCUGACAGACCUGACACUGCUCUAUACUGGUGGAACCAAUCUUACCCAGACUAACUUUAGCAUGUAUUAUAAUGGCUCUGAGAUCGUGGUGGCUGGUCAGAUCACUGACAAUGACGUGGAAACAUUCGCUCCACAAGUUGUGGCCAUUUCAGGGAGAAGAAAGGUUACCUUUUCUGGCACAAACACCUCUGUGGAGUCGACUGGAACAGAAUCUGGUGGCCACAUCCAGAGGGUUUGGGCCUACCUCACAGUUAAACAGCUUCUGGAGAAAGAGCUGCAGUUAUCUGGACCUGAGAAAGAGAAGGUGAAGAAAGAUGCUUUGGAGUUGUCACUUAAGUAUAGCUUUGUGACCCCACUCACAUCCAUGGUGGUCACCAAGCCUCCAGGGGAGAACACAGAUGUGCUUCAUAAACCCAAGGAAGGUGAAGCACCAGGGAGGCAAGCCAAUACACGGAUUCGUCAACACUCUUUUCGUCUUCACUCACCUCCGAGUCACAGAGGUUUUGCUGGGAUGAUGCCAAGUAAGAAACAUUUGCAUGAUGUGAUACACCUCAAUGCCACUGUCACUAACUAUGACCCCCGCGUCAACAACCCUCUACUUUUUACACACCGGGAUGCCAGAUUCUCAGUUAAUGCAAGGUCAUUUAUCAUUCUCUUUUCAGCAAAUGCUAUGUUGCCAGAUAUGAAAAGAGGGGGAGGGGCUGGCUAUCAUAUGAUUUCAGGGGGAAUGGCUGGCCCUCCUGUGGGUGCAGGGGGAGGGGCUGGCUAUCCUCUGGCUGCAAUGCCAGUGCCAGCUUUUGACAUGGAAGACUUUGACGAUGCUUUCUACGCUGCUGCACCUAUAGGUCGUGCCGACAGUAUACCUCGAAGACCAAAACUUCAGAAACGACCUGGUAACCGUCCUCGUCCUACCUUCGUGGCAGCAGCAACAACUCCUGCCCCUCUUUUGCACAGAUUUUUGCUGAAAACUGACAGUGCAUCUCCUCCACUAUGCUUUGAUGUCAACGGAGCUGCUCUCCUUAAACUGCUGCACCACCCCAGCAGGGAGCUUUAUGUGAACGGUGAGCUUGACUCAGUAACAAAUGGGGGCUUCAAAAAGAUUGUCAUCCACUUCACUGCCGAUCAGCAUGUUGAAGUUACCACCACAGGAGUCACUGUGCGACUGGGGCAGAAUGUAACACACCACACUGGACAAGAUCCCAUCACAGUCGGAAGUAUGACAGUGAUUCGACGGGACAAGGAAAUCGAUGUUGCAGCUGCAGAUGCUCGCCUGAUCAUUUUAGUUCAUCAGAAGAAUGGCGAGGAAUUCCUUUGGCCAGUUUUGAGACAGAAGCCAUCAGCCACCAACAUGGAGGGAAUUUUAGCUCUAACGCCAGCAGUUUAUGAGGAGGUGCAGCAAGCUUCCCUCACAAACCUGAAGAUCAAGGACCAGGAGAUUUCUGCCACCAGUGCCACUGCUGUCGACUAUGGUGUUGUGUUUCCCCUGACAAUGAACUGCUGGCUCAUGUCUGCUGAGUCCGCCCUGCAGAGACGCCUGGAUGAUUUCUUUGUUGCGCAACUUUAACUGGGGACCAUGUUCAAGAAUUUGAAAAUAUUUCACACAAAAGAAAAUGAAGGCAUUAAUACUUAAUAAUUAGGGAAAAUCAAUACCUAAACUUUCAACUUGUAACUAACAUUGACAAAUUAAAGCAUCCUAUAUCUUGGAUUGUCUCAUAUGAAGUUAAUUGUUCUGCAGAAAAAACUGAAUUGCAUUGCAUCCACUUAUCUUCCGUGAUGAUCUAAACCUUCAGCCCCUCGGUAUUGUUUAUCACUUUGCUUCAAGAUUUAUGACUAGUAAUAUUAAUAAUCCUCAUUAAUGUGAACUUAAGUUUGGGUGGUCGUCCCUCUCUGUAAUACGUGAAAGACACUGGGCCUUUUGUGUUUUUUUUAAUCCCUUAUACUAUUUUGAUUUAUUUGCUUUUAAAAAUUUUAACUCUCUAAUUGUUCUUGACUUUUUUUUUAAAUGAUUUUACUAAUUUAUCUUUUAAACUCAUUUUUAUUUUCUUGCCUCACUAUAAAUGAGGCCUGAGUUUAAAUAAAGAAAGAAUAGAACUGAAUUGAACAGAAUGCACGAUCCAGUUGCCAAUAACAGGACAUGGUUAUAGUGAUAUGUUUUGCAGUGGCAUUGUGCUGCUGCUUGGCAAAGAGAGGUGAACACUUGCUGAUCAUACAACUCAAGGUCAAGCAGCACGUUUGUUGCAGGUGUUGACAUAUUUAGCAGCAGGGUCGGCCCUGAAGCACAGUGCCUUAGUCUAGAUUCUAUGUUCUAUGUACUGUUGCUGACAAAAUCUGCAUUUCUGCCAAGCAUCUUAGUACUUUACAGGUAAAGAGUGUAUCAGAAUUAACCUGUGAACCUGCCUACUUCUGUUUAUCCAUGGUGAGGACGACAAGUGAAAGCAGUGGAAUGUUUCUCUGCUGUUUACAUAGCAUAACAUUUGUACACUAACAGGCUUUGUCACUGUGACCUGUUUAACAGUGGUGUUCUCUGGGUGUGUAAAAGUGUAUUCAAAUGUACUUAAGCAAAAUCAGUGACGUAGGACUAUGAAUGAAAGCUAAAAAAAACACUUGUGGAUAAACAAAGCUAUUCAAACUCUUCACUGGCAAUGCCACAAUGUUGAAAAAAUAAAUAUAUAAUGGUUGGA